GCGCCUUAAAUUCGGACGCCACCUCCUCCCGCAAAGGUUCAGGCCAGAGAGUAAAGAGACUCCAGCAGAGGCGAGAAAGCUCCAUCGUCAAUGGAGCUCCAGUUCCAGCAGCAGCAGCGGCAGGCGGAAUGCCAGGCGAAAGGGAGAAGGAGGAGUAGCAGCAAGUGCAAGUUCGUGGGGGUUCGGCAGAGGCCGUCGGGGAGGUGGGUGGCGGAGAUCAAGGACACGACGGCGCACAAGAUCCGGGUGUGGCUGGGCACCUUCGAGACCGCCGAGGACGCCGCGCGCGCCUACGACGAGGCCGCCUGCCUCCUCAGGGGCUCCAACACCCGCACCAACUUCGCCGCCGCCGUCUCCCCGUCGCCGCUCACGUCCAGGAUCCGCACCCUUCUAACCCACAAGAAGCUCAAGAAGCACACCGCGCCGCCGCAGUUGUCGAUGGCGCACGGGUACGGCCAUGCCGGCCCCAUUGUCGCAGACGCCGCUGGCAGCAGCACGAGCUCGAGCUCGAGCAUCAGCUUCCCCAUGAGCUCUAGUAACCAGCAGCAGCGUGUAGCCGACAAAUCUUACAUGGCGUACCAGCUGAUCGACCGCUUCGAUCAACAGCCAUGGACGGCAGCGCUCGGCGCCUCGGUCUCGCCGGUCGCCGCCGGCGAUGCUCAUGGCCCAGUGAUCCCUGCAGAUGUGAUGAGGAUGGGAAAGAAAGAGGACUCUGGUUCUGCGUCUGCGUCGCCCGGUGCUGCCAUGAGCGGGGUCGUCCAGGAGCAGGACCGCGGCUUCGACAUCGGGAGCGAUCCCUGCGGCUCCCUCUGGGAUCUGCCGCCGAUCUGUCAGUUGUCAUGCAGGUCGCUCAUGUACUAGAUGAAGAAGAUCUUGUGCGUGUGUUCUUGUUAGCCAUCAGGCGGCAGUAGGUGUGAACUAUGUGGGCGAAUUAGGGUGUAUUUUGUUAUCUUCUGAUAGUGGAAUCCGAUCGUCUGGAAAAAACUAGAUGAAGAAGAUUUUGGCUGCAAAAUUUAAAUCCCGAGAUUUGUCCCUUUUUGGGGGGUCUGUUUUCUGCUACCGAAGCCAAUUCCUCACAGAAAGACUGUAGGAGGAAUUGAUGGCCAGCAAGCAGAAUAUUUUUUUUCUCCUUUUGAACUUAGGAAGCAGAGUCAAGGCGAACUGUAUCUUGGGGUCUCGGUGAGAUUAGUGGAAUUUAUAAGGGUCGCUCUUUUCA